AUGGAAAGAUCACAGCCAGCGAGUGGGUCGGAGACACGGUCAUGGACAGAAGAAGAAGACCAGAAGCUCAUUAAAUCAAAGCUGGCAGGGCUGAACAGGAAAGGUAAGAGUUGUAGGGAGAGGUGGAAGAAUCAUCUGGAUCCUAAUGUCAAGAGAGAGAACUUCUCCCAAGUGGAAGACGACUCCAUCAUCUGCUUCCAGUCGCUCUAUGGGAAUAGUUUGAGGAGUUUUUGUGUUGUGUUGCAGCUGGGCAGUAUAGCAGCUCAUCUUCCUGGGCGAACCGAUAAUGAUGUCAAGAACCGCUGGUACAACCAUUUGAAUGAGAAGAAGCUUGGGAGAAGUACCGGGGAUCAGCCACAUACCACACAACUCUUUCAUCUCAACCACAAUAUUGAUCCAAAUGCAAGCUCAAGCUCAAGCUCGAUUCCUACACUGGUUUCAGCCUCACAAGAAAUCGCCAGCCCUUGGCCCACUUCUGAAUUAGCCUCUCUGGAGAGCGAGUUCAUGUCAACUGAAGAAGUCAUCAGAUAUUUCUCUGAUUGA